UCCGCUCCACUCCAACAGAUCCCCGCACGAGCUGUGAGGAGGGCGAUAUGACGCCCAGGCCCAGCCUUCGCCGCCGCCCCAGCUCGCCGGCGUCGGCGCCGCCGCUGGACGACGACGACCUCCUCUCCGAGAUCCUCCUCCGUCUCCCUCCGCAGCCGUCCUCCCUCCCACGCGCCUCCGUCGUUUGCAAGCGCUGGCGCGGCCUCGUCUCCGACCCCGGCUUCCUCAGCCGCUUCCGGAUCCACCGCCGCCGCCACCCUCCCCUCCUCGGCUGCUUCGUCAAAAAUUCCGAUGAGCUCUACUUCGAGCCUACCCUGGAGCUCCCCAACCGUGUCCCGCGCGGCCGCUUCUCCCUGCAGAAUCUCCCCAGCGACAGCUUCCUGCUCCUCGGAUGCCGCCAUGGCCUCGUGCUAAUGUUCGAGUGGAGGAAGUUCCAGAUCCUGGUGUGGGACCCCGCCAACGGCGCCCAGCAAAGCAUUGCCUCCCCCCGGGGGUUUCACAUGGUGGAGACCCUGAUCCACCUCCAGGGGGCAGUGCUUCGUGCUGCCGCAGACGACCAGCACUUCCAGGUGUGUUUGGCAGGCUUGGAGAGAGGCUCCCAACGAAAUUAUGCGCGAGUGAUAGCCUGCGCUUACUCGUCCGAGACCGGCAGCUGGGGUAAUCUCGUCUCAACAGCAUUUCCAUCCGUGCCUUAUCUGCAUGUAGAUCCCACCAUCGUUUUCAUGGCCAAGCCCGGUGUGCUGGUUGGGGAUUUCCUUUACUGGGCGCUUACUGGGAAUUUUGUUCGAAUUAUCGAGUUUGAUCUGAAGAGGCAGAGCCUAGCUGUGAUAGGGAUCCCGGUGGAUAUGGAUUCUUGGAGAGAUCACGAGUACUCAGUUAUGCGGGCUGAUGAUGGUGGGCUUGGUUUCCUCUUUCUGUCAGACUUCAGUGCCCAAUUAUGGAAGAGGAAGACCGAUUGUGAUGGUGCUGCUCCAUGGGUGCUGGGAAGAACUAUUGAACUGGGCAAGCUACUUUCCCUAAAUUUACAUAGUGAGAGGGCGCCCCUGAGGAUUCUAGGAUAUGCUGAGGAAAAUAAUGUGGUGUUCUUGUCGACAGUUCACGGUGUCUUCAUGAUCCAGCUUGACCCAUUGCAGUCAAAUAAUGUGGUGUUCUUGUCGACAGUUCUCGGUGUCUCUCCUCUCUAUUAUCCAUUCGAGAGUCUCUACAGCAGUUGGUAGUCUCGCUUCCAGUUUUUUUAGUCCCAUCUCUUUUGGUUUUUUUUGAUACCUCCUCCCACCUCCCGCUACCCAGCGAUCCCCCACUUCCUCCCUCCAGACCGACCAAAAAAAACGGCAUGCUACAACUAGGCCCGUUGUAAAACACUACGGUUCAGCGACAGAAAAUCGAUCUAAAAAAAUCUACAAUGGUUAACCUACGAAAAUUAACCCCGCUCGAUCUGGAUCACCCCGCUCGAUCUGGAUCUCUUCGGCGGCGGCUCCUCCCCACGCACCGACGCAUCCCCAGAGCCCUCCCCACCUCCUCCCAGAACCGGCGACUUCGCCUCCCGCCGUGGCCCCCUCUCUUCCCCUCCCCUCGUCGCAGAUCGAGCGACAACCGCGGUGUGGGCGGGCGGCGCCAACGCGCUGCUCCUGCUCGGCCACCCGGGCCCGUCCAUCGCCUGCUCGCCUCCCGCAGCGUCUUCUCCGAUCACACAACCGACGGUGGCCGCGGCUCCACAAGGCCGUGCGCGACCCAGCCAGCGCCAAGCCCUUCGCGCGCGCCCACGCCGGCGUCCCCGCCUAAACCUACUACACCCAGGACCGGGAGGCGAACAGGUGAUGCUCGACGACGAACAUCUGCUCGAGGACACCCUGCUCGACGGUGCUCCUCUUCGCUAGCAUCUCCAUUGCAUGAUAGGGGGAGAGUUCUUGUACUCAGAGCAGCUGUUGAUCUGCAGCAACUCUUGAAGUAUGAAUGUAUGAUUUAGGAUAAUCAUAGUUUCAGUUUGCCAAGCAGGGAGUAUAAUUUAACUGGAAAGCAACCAACUAUUGCUUUGAACUGGAGUAUAAUUACCGAAGCGGGUCGAAGUGGGAUGAUGUGAUUCGGUGGUCAACGGCGGCUGCGCGGGAUGCAGUAUGGUAUGGCUUGAGCAUCUCGAGGAGGGGCUCUCUCCGCAAGGCAUCCUCUACGCCACGGCGGAGGUGUUCGAGUAGUCUGUCCCGGGGCUGCGCGUGGAGCACGUCGACGUCUCCGUCUUGCCAUUGCUCAGCACCGCCCUGCCGGCUGGGGUUCUUAUUUGCCAUCGAGGCCUUCCGCAACUGGGACCAUGGUGCCUGAUAGCUUCCUCUCCGGCUGGAUCGGCAGUCUAUCCACCCAGUUUCUAUGGCGUAGCAUCAGAUUAAUAUUGCCAAGCCUGAGCUGGCGGUUCAUAUGGAAGAUCCCAUGGGCCAGCAGCUGGAGCCUGGAAGCAGAUGUUAAUGCUCCAUAGCAGAGAGUUUAGGUUUACAGCAUGCAGCGACUACCAAAUUUUCCAUGUAGGAUAUAAACGGAAAUUGUAAUGGAGAUGGUUGCCAUCAGUUCCAUUUUGUUGCACAUCACAAGCCUUGCACUCAGAUCGUCGCUGUGGCCAGAUCCGGCCGGGGGAGCCGCCAUAGAGCCGACACCUCGGCGGCGCAGCAGCAGCCCGACAGAAGGUGGGUGCUCAAGCUCAUCCAGCAGCUUGUCAUCGACCAGGAGGCCUCUACCUCGUCUGCAACCGUCCGUGGAUCUCUAUUGCAAGCACCUUGUAUUUUGUCUACUGAUGUUCUUCCGCCCAUCUAAAUUCCACAUGUAUUUUUUGACGGGAUCUAAAUUCCACAUGUUGUUAUAUGAGUGGUACAGCUGCAUGGAUUGACGAUAUGAGUAUUUGUACAAACCGCCGAGGACCUCAAGUUCACAUGGUUCGUGCUUCUUUACGUACGAACUCUACAUAUGACAACCAGCAGAUCAAUUGUUUCAGGCCUGAUGAGUAUCAAGCAGAUUGGGUUCUCCAAGGAAUGCCAAUACGAACUCACUUUUUGCAACACACAUGCUCAUCCAAUUGGGCAGCCAGCUGGGAGGUAGACAAUACCUUUUUCCUCUUUCACAAAUAAAAUAUUUUGAUACUCAAGAUUGGAUAUCAAGGCAUUAUUUUAUAUCAAUUUAUUGAGCCAAGGUCAUGGAAGACACACAGGCUCAAGGGUACAGAUGGCCCCUUUUGGAGUGAGGCGCAGCUAUAGUUGCUCUAUGUUGUGAGAAUACCCAAGCCCUCAAAUGCCGAGAGGCUUCUCUGGUUAUGGGUUGCACAUUCAAAAAGCAAGAUUAGUACACCGGCUAGAUCUCAAGUAUGCAUCAAGCCAAAUUAUUCCAAACAUUGUUGCACUAUGCUGCAUGUAGCUUUUGGUGUGGGCUUCGUGAAUGAGAUGGCGGAGAAGAUGUCAGUGGUGGAAGAGGACAUGUUAUAGAAGAUGUCGUGGGCGGUACCGGAGGAAAUGGUCAAAUGGGGUUCCUCGGAGCGGACAAGAAGGAUGCUGCAGCGGCAUGUAUUGGGUUCCAUUUCCAUCCAGAGAAGAACUUAUGAACAAAGAGAUAUCCUAGAAGUUGAGUGCAGUUGGAGGGGCCUCAGUCCUUUUGAGCCAAGAAAAGUAGAUGGGGCUUGUCCAAGCUAUGAAUAGUAGAUGGGAAAGUGUUGAAAUAUUUUGUGUUUCCAUGGUUUCUAAAUGGUAGGAGGUACAUGUAGUAAUCUGUACGGUUUCAAGUGCCUAAUUUCAUGUGUAAAAAUUUGCUAGGGAAUUCUGAUUGUAGAAUCUUGGAAUAAGGGAACGAAAUCCAAUAUGUGUCAUAUUUAAUUAAUGGAUAAUAACAAUAGACAUGCUUUCAUGAGAUGAUUAAUCUUAAGCAUAGAAGGGCAUCCAAGUGCCACCUAUCAUUUGUAAUGCACAAUAAAGAGUUCUAUGUUAUUGUGUUUUGUGCAUUAGAUCUGAUCCUAUAUGUUACCAAAUUACAUUGUAAGUGAAGUGGAUCUCAAUAUUUUUUAUGUUAUUGGCUAUCUUUUCUAUACAUGUGAAAUUUGAAAUGCAAUCAGUAACAACCAACCUGCAAUAAAUAGGAAGGCAUAGUAAUGUAAUGAAUAACCCAACAUCGAAUACUGAUGACAAAAAAACGUUCUCAACUUUUUUAAGGCCCGUGGCAACGCGCGGGCACUCUACUAGUAUCUAUACUGCAGGUAAUAGCAUUUACAUUGGAUAUAGCAAAACCAGGUUAUUUUUCAGUAACUAGUUGAUGGAACGCGGUUAUGAGAUGUUAUGCUUUGCCAGUCUUAGUAACCGAGAACACGAAAUCAUGGAACAGUAGAAUCAAGUUGCUAAAGAAGCAUAGCACCUCCUUUUUUUGGUUAAACUAACAGUCUCAACAAUGUUGUACUAUCAACUAUUUGCUUUUGCUGCUUGAUGAACACUCCCAACAUAUAGCGAUAUUGCUCUGUGAUCUGUUCUGAUGCUUGUCUGGUGGCAUUGUGUGCGAUGGUUAUGACUUGAGAAAACAUAUGUUAAUGGUAGCUUAGCUGGCUUCCUAUAUGGCUGUUGUCAUGUUAUGCUUCUUUAGCAACUUGAUUCUACUGGUCCAUGAUUUUGAGCUUCCUUAAUUGAAGCCGAAGGUUGUGCCUCUUACCAAAAACAAAUAAAUUAAAGUGAUGUUGUUUGCUAUAUUCUCAUACUAGUAUUAUUGUGGAAUUAUAUGGCUUGAGCCAAGGUGUAGCAUAUUUUUUAUCUGUUUAUUUAUUCUGUGGAUAUUUAUAGAAUAAAACAGUGAAAAGAGACAAUACCAAUAUUUUUUAUCAAGAGUGUUCAUUUUUCGUAUAACUGAAUUUGUUGCCUGCCUAUGGGCAUAAUUAAUAAAAAGUAUAACAAUGGUAAUAUUAGUUCUUAGCUGCAGUGCAGUUGUUUCCCGAGAUGAGAUACAUAAGGGUUUGAAAUCACUGUUAGCAGCAAGAGCACAGGUAACUCUGAUUUGGGACUCAGUUCUGGGCUGCAACGGAUGCUGCUGGCUAGGUUUCACCCCUUAUUUGUAGCUGAAAGCAACCAGUACAGAACCACCUCAGUGGCUUUCUUACAACCUAAGACUCCUUGACUUGUAGCCUUAGACACAGACUUGACACACUAAGCUUACUACCUAAGGAAAAGACUUGACUCAUUGACUGACUGCAGCAAGGAUUACUCUAACGAUCAGAGAUAACUAAAUGAACAAAAACCAGCUUCAACCAAAUGAAACGUCAAGUAGAUAGCUUAAUUGGUUAUCUUUCUUUCAAUUCAAUAUUGUUAUCUUUGUUGAUCUUGCUAAUAUUCUUAAAUUGACAAUAACGGUUGUUUGAUAUCUCCAAAAUACUUGUUCAUAUUUAUACAUUUGUCACUUUUAGAAGAGUCCUGCUGCAAGUGCCAAGUUCAAUUGUGCUAGAGAAAACUAGUAAUUGAGUUUAUUUCAUCAUUUCAGGCUAAAUUUAUUUAAAAAUAAUCUAAAUAUGAAUAAUUGUGAUCACAUUUAUUGCUGGCAUUUAUUGGUAUAAGUAUAUUUUAUUUUAUACAAUAUGGCAUGGAACAAGCUUAAGAAUAUUUUUUGUGUAACUUCUCCCUUCCGGCCAGCUAAUAGUCUGAAUGUACAUGUUCUCCAUUUUUAUGACACUUGAAUACAUACUGUUUUUUGAGUAUUAUGUUUAUUUGGUAGUAGAUGGGGCUUUGUUUAUUUACUCCUAUUGUUGUAUUAAACCAGUUUUGUUUUUCUCAAAUUUCAUCAACCAUUUUAUCUAAAUAUCUCAUUGAUGCCCUCGUGUCUAUUUGUUUCUCAUUGGAAUGUCAUCUGUUCCUGGACAUAUGC